AUGGAUGCUUGUUUUCUCUCUCAAACUUCCUUCACCAAGAUCAGAGCUGGAUCUCUAACUUACUCCAAAAGAUCUUCUCAACAAUUCAAUUCAAGAAAAGUUGCAAGUCCAUUUCAUAUAUCAUGUUGCCACAAGUCAUCAUCAUCGUCAUCUCCGUUAGAUGAUGACAAACCAACCGUUAAUACCGAUUGGCGAACUUUCCGGGCAAAAUUGGUGGCCGGAGAACAGUUACUUUCAUCGGUGACUAAUACAGACACUGCUAUGGAUCAACCAUCACUAAUCACGAUGGGCGACAAAUGGGCCCAUAUAAUCCAUGAGCCCGAAAGAGGUUGUUUGUUAAUCGCAACAGAAAAGCUCGACGGGGUCCAUAUUUUCGAACGAACGGUGAUCCUUCUUUUGUCAAACGGCCCAAUAGGCCCGUCCGGGAUCAUACUCAAUAGACCGUCAUUGAUGUCUAUUAAAGAAACAAGAUCAACAGCAUUCGAUGUAAAGGGUACAUUUUCUAAUAGUCCUUUGUAUUUUGGAGGACCUUUAGAAGAAGGGUUGUUUUUGGUGAGUCCUAAAGAUGAUGGUGUGGUGAGAAUAAGUGGUGUCUUUGAUGAAGUGAUGAAGGGUUUGUAUUAUGGCACAAAGGAAAGUGUAGGGUGUGGUUCUGAAAUGGUGAAGAGGAAGCUUGUUGAGGUUGAUGAUUUUAGAUUCUUUGAUGGGUAUUGUGGGUGGGAGAAAGAACAAUUGAAAGAUGAGAUUAGGGCUGGUUAUUGGACUGUGGCUGCUUGUAGUCCAAGUGUGGUUGAUUUGGGGAAUGUUGGAAGUGUCGGGCUCUGGGAUGAAGUUCUUGGCCUUAUGGGCAAAAGGAAGGUCAAGUGA